GUGUGUGUGUGUGUGUGUGUGUGUGUCUCUGCAGCACGGCCAGUAACUCUCCACGCAGCACGCCUGGCAGCUCCCCCUCCCUGCGGCGGAGGGUUCUGGGGGGGGGCAAGGCCAGCGAGGGUGAGGCAGGGGGGGGCGGCGCCGACAGCCCUCUGCCCUCCGUGCCCUCCGCCUCCUCCCUGUCCUCCGCCUACCCCCUGGCCUCCCGCCACUUCAGCCGUAACGCCAAGAAAAUGCAGAGCUGGUACAACGUCCUCAGUCCCACGUACAAACAGCGCAACGAGGACUUCCGAAAAAUCUUCAAGAAGCUCCCCGACUCCGAGCGGCUCAUAGUGGACUACUCCUGCGCUCUGCAGAAGGACAUCCUGCUUCAGGGACGCCUCUAUCUGUCAGAGAACUGGCUCUGCUUCUACAGCAACAUCUUCCGCUGGGAAACCACUAUCACCAUCCAGCUGAAAGACGUGACGUCAAUGACGAAGGAGAAGACGGCCAAGCUGAUCCCCAACGCCAUCCAGAUCAGCACCGACAGCGAGAAGCAUUUCUUCACGUCGUUCGGCGCCAGGGAGCGCAGCUUCAUGAUGAUCUUCCGCCUGUGGCAGAACGCGCUGUUGGACAAGUCUCUGUCCCCCAAAGAGCUGUGGCACAUCGUGCACCAGUGCUACGGCACCGAGCUGGGCCUGACCAGCGAGGACGACGACUACGUCUCUCCCACCAGCGAACACAUCAACGGCCUGCUGCCGGGAGAGGAGUCGGUGUCGGUGACGGACCUGUUGGACCUGAGCACGGUGUCGGCGCCGUCCGCCGGCAGCUCCCCGCCUCCCGUCCCGGUCCACUGCGGUCUGACCAGCCCGGCGUCCGCCCCCGUCCUCAGCAACGCCUUCCCGCCCCCCUCCGCCGCCGCCUGCCUGCCCAUUGAGGUGCCGUCCUCUUCAGGAAGUAGACCCGGCCCAGAACCCAUGGAGCCCAGCCCGCCCAGCUGCCACGGCUCGCUGCUGGCCCUCGCCCCCCCCAUCACCGCCUCAGUCUCUGCAGCCGCUUCGUUCACCCUGGAGGAAGGAGGCGACAGUCAGCCCGAGUCGACCAAUCACCUGCCGCCCCCACCGGCCGCCAGCCUGGGAAACCUCUCCUCACUGGACAUCACCAACGACGAGGAGCUGCCCACCGACCCCAGCAACUCGUCCGACACGCAGGAGGAGACGUCGGGCGAGGUGGAGGCGUUCUGCUCGGACCUCGGCGGCCGCCUCAACAUCAACACGGCGGUCCGGAUGAGCGUGGACAAGCUGCACGACCUGCUGUUCUCCGCAGACACGCACUUCCUCCAGCACCUGUUCUCCCAGAGGCACUUCACCGGUACGUCAGCCCCUCCCCGGGCCCUGGUUCCGGGUCCGGUCCCGGCCCACUGCCCCGUCUCUGCCUCCGCCUCCCCGGCGGUUCAGUCGUUCAGUCGGCUGGUUCUGCAGAACGGGUCUGAACUUGUCGCUGUGGAACAUGAAUGCCAGUUUUUCCUGUCGAGGCGGCGACCGUUGGAGCGUUUUGUUUUCCUGCUGCUCUCAUUGAGCUCCUCAGACUGCUGA